AUGUACAGUCCGGACAGAUCAAAGACGAUGUUUAUCAUCGACAAGGUUAAUUAUUGCUACGAGGUCAUGCCGUUCGGCCUAAAGAACGCUAGGGCGACGUACCAUGGGCUCAUGGAUCAAGUUUUCAGAGACCAGAUCAGUCGAACCAUGGAGGUAUACGUAGACGACAUGGUCGUAAAAUCGCAGACAGCCGAGGACCACGCUCGUGACCUCAAGGAGGUCUUCCACCAAAUACGCAAGUAUAACAUGCAUCUCAAUCCGGAGAAAUGUGUAUUUGGAGUACCGGUCGGUAAGUUCCUGGGCUUUAUGCUGAUUGCCCGAGGGAUUGAGGCCAACCCUGAUAAGUGCACCGCGAUCACUGAGAUGAGGAGUCCCAAAAUCCUCAAGGAGAUCCAACGGUUGGUCGGCCGUCUGACGUCCCUCGCACGCUUCCUGCCAAAGUUAACAGAGAGGAUAAGGUCGAUCCUCAAGAUCAUGAAGAAGCAGACCGCUGACAAGUGGGACGACCGGUGUGAAGAGGCGUUCCAGCAGAUAAAGGGGAUGAUCAGUAGCCCUCCAAUAAUGAGCCGACCGAUGGAGGAACUGCCUUUGCAGUUAUACCUGUUUGUCUCGGAUGACACGAUCAGCGCGACGCUGGUGCAGGAAAACCCGAAGCAGCGACCAAUAUAUUUCAUCAGCAGGGUAUUGCAGGGAGCGGAGACCAGAAAACCCUACCUGGCCAGAAGGAUGAUAGCCUGGUCGGUAGAGUUAUCCGAAUUCGGCCUCAAGUAUGAGCCGAGGGGGUCCGUCAAGGGGCAGCACUUGGCAGAUUUCGCGGCAGAACUCCAUGGAUCGGCCUCCCAUCAGGAACAGACGUGGGUGCUCUUUGUCUACGGCUCUUCAGACAAAUGUAACGCAGAGUACGAAGCGUUGAUCGCUGGUCUGAGGCUGACGAAGGACUUGGGAGCAAGAAGGCUGAAAUGUAACACCGAUUCACGGCUCAUGGUCGGGCAGGUGCAAGGGGAGUAUCAGGUCAAAGAUGAUCUGCUACUGCAAUAUUACCACAAGGUGGUCGAAGCCAUGAAAGAGUUCGAGGAGGUGACGGUUCAUCACAUACCCCGAGCAGAGAACACCCGAGCUGAUAGGCUAUCCAAGCUAGCAGAAGGAAAGGAAAAGGGUCAUCUCAAGACCAUCAUCAGGCAAACCUUGAUGAUGCCCUCGGCGGGAGAAUGCUCAGCCGUCGACCGGCCGGCGGACUGGAGAAGUCAGUUUUGGGAACUUCUGAGGAGAAGCGACGCCGGGGAAGAUAUGAAGCCGAUCGAGCGGCGUCAGGCGCUCCGAUUUGUCAUAAUCGGAGAAGACUUGUACAAGCGAGGGUUCACUGUGCUGCUCCUUAAAUGCCUAUCAGAGGAAGAAGCAGGCUACGUCAUGAACGAGGUCCACAACGGCGUUUGUGGGAUGCAUACCAGCAGAAGAACGAUGAAGGCACGGAUACUCCAGGCGGGGUACUACUGGCCAACUAUGGAGUAG